GAUACAAAUCAAGCUCGAUAAGGUCCGAACAGAUUCAACGCUUUAAUCGUGUGCCUUGCCUAGAUUGAUCACCACGGUCCACGGCUUCCUCCGGCGCGUCUCACACACCAACACGUGCUCCAGCCGCGCGCCGUCACCGGCAUAUGAUGGCUGGCGCGGCCGAGCACGUCUGGUGCGCGGCCGAGGCAUGGAGGAACUAGGCGACAAUGGCGACGUGGCCGUCGGCUACCUGCUGAUCGACGACGGUGGCCGGAGGAAGCCGGCGGCCGCCGUCGGUUACCCGCUGCCGCUCGAGAUAAGGGCCCACGACUACUGCGACCACUGCUGCAAUAUGUUCACCCUGGGCUUUGUGGUUACCUUCGGGCUCGUAUUGGUCACCGACUUUUCCCUGGCCAUCUUUCUACAGAAACAACCGAAUCCCCUGUUGGUGCUGAUAUGUUUCCCCUUCAUUUUCGUAAUCUUUGCUGGACUCGUCCUGUUGAUUAUAUGUUGUGCAGCGUCAAACCUCAGAGAUAGAGAGUCAGGUGGGCUAGGUCCAACUUGAUGAGAGCUGCCACAUCUGUUUAUAAAUUCUUUAUACCUAGCUAUUAUUAGAAUAUUCCAAUUCUUUAUUUUUAGUCUUUUUCUAGGGUAUUUUAUUUA